AUGUCGUCGCCGAAAGACUACGUUCUAGAUAUCACUCCUUCUGUUCAAGAUAAUAAUGUUCUGGAUCUCAAUUUGAUAAAGUUCACAGUGAGGAACAGAAGACAAGAUCCGGUGACACGAUUCAAAGUGCCUUUGCUAGCAAUAUUAAUAGCUGUACUUGCAGCUUUUACUGGCAGAGUACUUUUGCGUGACAGCAUAAAUAGCAUAUGGGAGCUUGAGAUCAAGCGAUCUGAAAGUGUGGUAAUAGCCAUAUUGGUAUCACUUAUCGUGCUUGUUUCUCUUAAGCAAGUUCCUGAAGAUUCAAUCACAGUUAUGAAAGGAUUAGGAGUACAGCUUCUGUCGAGAAAGAGCUGGAAAUUUCAGUACAGAAGCGAGUGCUUCAUCCCCGUCAGCAAUACCAUAGAUCUAGUGAUCCAUGAAGGGUUCCAUGGCUAUGGCCAGGUGAUCUUCUAUCUCUGUAUUCUCACCAAAAGCAGUGCUGUGGGAAAGACAAACAACGACAACAUCAUCAAGGUGGCGUUCCCUGAGUUUCUCCCUAGGAAGGACAUUCUACUCGAUGUCUGGAAGCUUAGUCGAGAAUUGCUCUUUGGUGAUGCUAAGAGAUACUGGAGACGCGUUCCCGGCCAAGGGUUGAAACAAGUAUACUAG